AAUCAACAUGCUGGUUGAGAGAAGCUGUGUUUUUCUGCUUCUCCUCUGGCUAGUGGGGACUUUGGCAAGGGAUCCAGUGGGCUACAGGCGGAAGGUCUCUCUGGAAUACAACCCUGGUUUAAACAUCUCCUCUGUCAACCUCUUGCACAUCCGGGCUGUGGGCAACAAUGAUACAAUCCAUUAUGUAUGGAGCACCAUUGGGGCGCCCACAGCACUGCUGGUAUACACAAGAAGCCAGAACAGCACCCUUCAUGUGAACUGGACCAAGCUCUUCUCUCCCGCUCCCUCUGGAGCCGUCCACGUAGAACCCACUGACAGUGUCCUGUAUUCCACAGCAGUGAUCUUCUCCAAGGUGUUUGAGUACAAUGGUGCCAACACGUCAGAUCUCUUCAAGGUCCCUGCAGAUCAGUUCUACCCUACCUACAAUUUGGCCAACUUCACCUGGGAAAGCCUUGGUGAUAAGAUGAACAAGACCACGCUGACAGCUACAUUUCGGGGUGCUGCCUCAGGCCCUGAGGGAACCUUUGGGAAUGGCAGUAUAUCCUUCCAGAACUCUGGGGAGAAAUUGAUGCAGUAUGGGGCCGGAACCAGUGAAAAAGCCCCUUGUGGAAAAGACUCUAGUCAGAACAUGGUCACAGCUUAUGAAGAGAACAGCCGCGAUGCCCGCCUCCCCCGGCUCCUCCACACAGCCAACUGUUCCAAGGUCAACUUUGUCAUGAGUGGGGUUGCUCCACGGGGCAACCACUCUCGCUUUGCUCUGGAGAUUGUCACAGUGGAAGAGAGAGAGGGGCGCAAACAGCUGGAAUCCAUCCGCUCCAUUGAUGACGAGUAUACGCCAACGAUAUUUGAGAUGGCGCAGUUGGUUUCUGUGCCCCGCAACCACAGCACCACGUCAAGCUUCCUCCAGUGGAAGACGACUGCGUACAGCUCCCAGCAUGCUGAACGGGCAGACACCAUCCAUUGCCAGUAUUACCCACUACAGACAACAAACUGCACGGUUCCCAGGUCUAGCAUAGCCCAUGCCUACUUUGGGGAGGAUCUUGAGAGUCACCAUGCUAUAGCCGCCAUCAAUAUUUCCUUUGGCAGUGAGGAUGGCGAGGCCUAUGAAGAGAAACGCUACUUGAGUUGGUCCGCAUUGAUCGGAUUUGGUGAACCUCCCAAGGACACUUUUUCCACUUUAGUGAUUGCAAUCCUUGCGGUGGGGUUAGGGACUCCAGUAGUGCUGCUCGUUGGGGGAAGCAUCGCUGCAUUUGUCUCACGGAAGAAACGGUAUUCUGAAUAUGAACCUAUCAACUGAUCGCUGUGAUGGUUGUUCUGGGCUGUGUGACCAAACUAACUUCAAACUGUUUUCUGGUGUCUGUUCCAAAGGGAAGCUGUUACUGGGAUGAGUUGCUUACAUUUGCUACAGGGUUGCCUCAUGGUGGCAUAACUGAUCUCUAAAUCAGGCUUUCACAGUGGGUGUUCUGGUACCUUUGACAUGCUCUGGUAUCCUUAAUGAGCGUUACGGUGCUGCCUUGGGGCGGGCAGGGAUUACUUUCUUGCCCUGACAUACAGCUUAUUGAGAAGUGAGGUGAUGGAGAGCAUGUUUAAAAGUUCAGCUGCUUCAAACGACCACUACUUAAGUGUUCACUUUCCAGUGCUCAAGUAAUACUUGAAAUUUUGCACCACUUAAUGAGUUCUCCUGCUUUCAGUUCCAUUGACACUUUGGUCCUACGUAUAGUGCGUCCAAAGCAGUUGUUGUGCUUGGUUUUUGUUCUUUUUUUUUAAAAAAAAAAGUUAGGAACACUGGACAGGCUAAAUUUAUUUUCCUUCCUUGCAUAUAUCCCAAGAACUGUUUUGGGCCCUAAGGAAGGUAGAAUUUGUGGGCCUCUGUUUCUCACUUCACACAGUCAACUGAAAAUGUUUAUGUUACUAUUAUUGGGUUUGUUUGUUUUUUGCCUGUCUAUGAAAACUUUUGCCUUAAGAGCAGGCAGAGGGCUUCCCUUAUUUUCCCUCCUUCUCCCCUCCCUCCAAAAAGCUGGUUUGGAAAUUGUUCCUCUCUUUAGCUUUGAGUUGUAUUUUCAGGCAACAUUCAACCCCCCCUCCCCCAACCCUUGGCUUAGCCAAUAGAUAAAAAACUGUCUUGUUAAUGUAAUGGUUGCAUUCAUGCAGAAUUGCGAAUAUUUUUGAUAUUGCUGCUGUAAAAUGCCUCAUUUGGAUGUUGCCGCCUUCUCCAGCUGAGGCUCCUGUAUCCUUAAGAUAUGAAGCUCUUCUUCAUGAAGUAAUAGCAGCACUUCCUACAGAUAUGAACUCCUUUUUAAAAAAGCAUCCUUUGAGUUCUUCCCCAUAUGUAUACUGUCAAAAGUGUUUGAACUUUAGACAGGGAAUGGACAUUGGCUAUUAUUUUUCGUCGUUUUUAAAGAAAAGGCUUACUACUAGUUACGAUGUUUACAGGCUGCUGUCCCGUAACGAGAGACAAAAUUGCACUGAUUAUCAAGUAAUGCACCUUCUUUAUUGUAGAAGUUAGCUCCUGUUUCCCCACCCCCUCAAAAAAAAUACUGGUAUAUUAAUAGGUUCUUGACACCACUCUCACUUUCCCCAAGCCUCAAGGCUGGUUUGCUCCAUUUGGCCUUCCAACUGUUCUCCUGAGCAGAGGAGGGCUGGAUUAGGGCUUCUGCCAAGGCAAGGUUAAACCUUUCAAGCCUUGGUAGGGAGUCAAGUUAUUGCAAGCUUGUUGAGUGCUGGUGUCAGCCAUUUUGUUUCUCUCCCAGAGGGAUACCUUUCCGUGUUGUGGUGCUUAAUGUAGGGCUAUGAGGCAUUGCUACCAGAUGGUUAAAAAUGGACAUGUUUCAGGAACCCUGACCCUGAACUUCCUGGUUCUUAGCAGGGUGCUUGAUGGUACAUACUCUUCACUAGCCCUACUUAUAGCUUCUCAACCAAAGAGUAUUUGAGGAUCCUGUUUCCUGACACGUUUCCUGACAGUACCAGAUGAUCUACCAUCCUGAAGUUCCUAUUGAGAUGUGGCCUUCAACUGAGCAGUGGUAACAUUUUUAUUUUUUUUGCCUAUCAGGAUGGAUGUACUUGCGGUUUCUACUUUGCACAGCAUUGUAAUGUAGUCAAACUGAUGCUUUUCCUUUUUGUGGCUUAUGGAGGGGGCGGGCCCCUGGGUUAUUUUCUCUCCCAUUUUGUCUGUCUUGGACCAAUUAAAAUAAGUUUAUUUUUUUCAUACA